AUGACGCAGACAAUUGUUGUUUUGGGAGGCUCUUUUGCCGGUAUUCAACUCGCACAUAGACUAGUCAAGAACACAAGGAAGUCGGUCAAGGACUUGAAAGUGAUUCUCGUAUCCACGAACUCUCAUUUCUAUUGGAACCUGGCAUCUGUCCGUGCCAUCAUUCCGGGCAUCUUGAAGGAUGAGGACUUUACCCAGUCCAUUGAGAAGGGCUUCGCCCAGUACCCCUCGGACGCCUUCGAGUUUAUCGUAGGCACGGCCAAGGAGGCCGACAUUGACGCCAAGACGGUCAAGGUGGCGCUUGUCGGCGGCGAGGGCGGCGAGCGCGUCCUCAGCUACGACCACCUGGUGCUGGCGACGGGCACGCGCACGGCGGGCGCGGACGCGGUGCCCUGGAAGGCCAACGGCACGCACGAGGAGAUCCUCGACACGCUGCACCGGACCGCCGAAAAGGUCAAGGCGGCCAAGCACAUUGUGGUGGCGGGCGCGGGCGCCACGGGCGUCGAGACGGCCGGCGAGCUCGGCUUCGAGUACCGCAAGAACAAAGAAAUCGUCCUGCUGUCGGGCGACGCAAAGCUCCUGGGCGGCGACUCGCUAUCCAGCAAUGCCGAGAGCGAGCUCAAGAAGCUCGACGUCACCAUCAAGACCAGUGCGCGCGUCGAGAGCACCACGACCCUGCCCGACGGCAAGACGGAGAUUACGCUCAAGAACGGCGAAAAGAUUGUCACGGACCUCUAUCUGCCCACCAUGGGCAUGCUGCCCAACACCGAGUACCUCCCUGAAAAGGUGCUGAGGGAGGACAAGUUUGUCGCCGUUGACGAGUUUUACCGCGUCAAGAAUGCCAACAAUGUUUGGGCCGCUGGUGACAUUGUGUGGCUUCCCAGAGGUUCUUACGUCUUGACGGACAAGCAGGCUGCCGGUGUGGCCAAGAAUAUUGAUUUGGUUCUGCGCAACAAGAACCCAACUCCAGUCAAGACGCUUCCCAUGGACGUCCUCAUGGCCACCGUUGGUAGAAGUCGUGGAGUCGGACGCAUGGGGUCCGUCAAGGUCUUCUCAUACAUGGUGUACACGAUCAAGGGCAAGACGCUUGGUGUUCAGGCACUGCCAGGCAUGGUCAAUGGCACCAGCUACUAA